AUGGAAUAAUUUCAUAAUUAAAUAGAUGAUACUCAGUCUUAGCAAUAUUUUUAAGAGUAAACUAAGUCAAAUGUGUCACUCCGUCUAAUUAUCAACUAUAUUUUUGCAGAUAUAGCAAAAAGACCUAGGUCUUUCAAAAUAGGAUUAUUUACAACAUACAUAGUCAUCACCUUCUUGGGGCUUCUUUAAUGUGUGGUUUAAUUGAGUCCACUCAUUUUUCUUUAACUAGAUGAGUCGGCAACUGGCGAUACAGAUCUUUUAUACCUGCCUAUGGCUGCUGAAAACACAAGCAACUACAGAUUAAUUAACAUGACAGAUCUACACCAACACACAAGCCAAGUCUCAGAGUUUCUAGAUGUAUCUCCAAGGUGGAUGUUUAUGUGUAAUCUAGGGAAGAUAGGUGUUGAAUAGCAAUUUAGAGCAUAUUUUCUGAUUCUCGAUUCUUAACUUGAAUAGAGCAUUGGAAUUGGAAGACGAACAGAUGUUGACAUAAUAAAUAACAAUGAAGUGUAUGUAUCUGAAACUGGCCUAAGAGGGUUAAAUGCGAGUAAGGGAGAUCAGAUUUAUUUGAAUUUUAAUAUCGUAUAAUUACUGAAAAACUUUGGAGUUGAGAGUGAAAGCAAUGAAGUUACUCAAUAAUUGCGAUAGCCUUUUAAGAAUGCUGUGAAUAAAUAAUUGGCCAUGUUUAUUAAGGAAGAUAACUUUCAGGAUAAGCAAUACAAUAUUGCAGAGCUUGCAAAAUACUCUUAAUCUUAUCUGAAUUAUGUGAAGGGAAUUGAAGCCACAAGCCUAACCAAGACCUUAGCAAAAGAAUACUUCAGAUAGAAUGUUCGCUCAUCGGAGAAUUAUACGGAUGAAUAGAGGGAAUUUGCAUACCAAGUCAUUGACGUAAUGUUUGAAAGAAACAUGACAAGGGAUGCUCAGGCGAUUAACAACUUUGUAAAUAGGGUUUCUAAGUUCACAACUUUUAUCACUAUUUCUUAAUUCGAAGAUGGAUUGUUUGAUUUGCUUAUACAAAUUAACGAAUUCAAUAUCAAUGCUUAAGUCCAUGGGGGUGUUGAAUCUCCAAAAGGCAAAUGGACAGAUGCUUUGGGGAUGAUGGUUUUUAUGGAUUAUAAAAAUGCAACAGAGAUUUUCUUAGAAUCAUUUUUUAACAAAUUGGAUCAAGUGAUCACUGAUAAUAAAAAAAAUAACUAAGGAAUGCCUGGAGCCAUAUCUGAAUUAAUUCCAGUUAAUGACACUUAAAAAUGGGCCAAAGAUGCAACUACGGAUUUUAAAUUGCAAGAAUAUUCGCUAAUGGCUAAUCUAUUAUUUAAGAACAGAGGGGAGAAAUAUGAAACUCCAAGGAUAGCCAAGGAUAUUAUCAUAUAAACAACAAAUGAGUUCUUUACUGAGGCAGGAUACAAUUAUCCAGUUUAAAUCACAGCACCUUUAGGAUUUACUAUUGGAUUGUAUCAUUUAAUGAAGAACUUUAUUGAAAAUUUAUUGGGAGUUGCAACCAUGAUUCUCUUAAUGUUAUCAGUCCUAUUGAUUUAUUCUUUGAUGAUUGGAGAUAUAGAGGAGAAAACCUAUGAGUUCGGUAUGCUUAGAGCACUAGGAUUUAAAAAGUCAUGGUUAAUAGUCCUGUUGAUGUUAUAGGCAUUAACAUUUGCAAUACCUGGAUUGUUUCUGGGGUUGGUCUCUUGUUAUUUGAUGAAUUGUUUAAUCAGUAUGUAUGUCUUCGAUAUGUCACUUCUACUUACGACUUAUUCCAUCCCUUCUUCAGCUUUGGCUUUUUAGAUAAGUUUAGGGAUAACAAUGCCAAUCAUUAGUAAUAUCUUGCCAAUCAAAAAGGCAUUAUCGAAAGCUCUUAGGGAUAGUUUAGACCUGUUCCAUAGAGUGGUGAAUGAUAUUUUAGUUACUGUGGUUAAGCUCGAGAUGAUGGGGAUAUCUACCAAUUAAACAGUGUGUUCAAUAAUAUUGAUCGGCAUGGGAUUUAUUAGUUAUUAUGUGAUUCCCAUGAAUAUAAUAUUUCAAAAUAUCAGAGGAGCCAUAGUAGUAAUUAAUGUCAUCUUCAUUACAAUGGUGAUAGGAGUGACUGUAUUAAUGAAUUUGAGUGAGCAAUGGUUGGAAAGAUAAGUAUUGAAGAUAAUUUUGUUUAUCAAAUAGUCGGAUAAGAAUUUAUAGAUGAUCAUUCUGAAUAAUCUUAAGGGUCACGGAAGUAGAAACUUUAAGACUACAUUAAUGUAUUCAUUGGGAUUGGCAUUUAUCAUAUUCACCGGAGCUCAAUUCACCUUAUAAGCAGAGUUCCUGGAUGACUUCAUAAAAACAAGUCUCACCUCCGAUAUCAUAGUUUUUGAUGCCUCCAUCUAGAGAUUAGGUUUAGAUGAAUACAAAUUCAGAAAACAUCUGGAAUGGGAGAAAACCAAUGAUCCUACAUUCAUCCAGGAUUACACAUUUAGCGCAUUGCCCUUAAAUGAGAUUCCAGGGAUACCUAGGUUUUUUUAGAUAUCUCCCUUGGCUCACUUUCCCAGAAGAAGAAUUCGAUUGCUUGCUAUCGAAGAAAACUACUUGGAGGUUAUCAAUUAUAAGUAUUAUUAUCCAACAGAAUAUGAUUCUACACAAAAAUCAGUGUAAUAUCUACCAAAUGGUGUUAGGGAUGGUGUUAAGGAUCUCUAUAAUGAUGAAGGUAAAUUGAACAUUGCAAAGACCUCUGAUGUCUAUGGAAUAGCCACCAACAAUCAUGCGUAAAGUAAUUAUAAGGCAAUGCUGAAGAAGUUUAACAAUGUUACAAAGGAGGAAGAAGAGGUUGACAAGGAAAUUAAUGUGAUAAUACCAGAGGGGUAUAGAUAUGAAGAUGGUGUGGAUGUUGAUACACCUGCUCUGUUAAGAAUUUCAUUCAGAGAUAGAGGCAGGGCUAUAGAAAGGAGACUAAAAAUUAAGCAUAUGGCUAUUAAAAUACCCAAUAAUAAUUUCAGUGGUUACAGGACAGUGGCCUUGUUUGGUGAGGGAUUAAUUACUAUGAAGGAUGCCUAAAUGCUAAUUAAUGAAAUUUUGAAUAGCAGAAUAGAAGAGAAUAAGUUCAACUACUAAAGAGCACAUCAAUAUUUUUAGAAAUUGCCUAAAAAUCUUACCUACGGGCUACCAAAAGAUAGUCUGUUAAUCAAGUUUAAGAGAGAUACUACCAAAGAAGAACGAAUUGACUUUAGUAACAGAUUAAGAAAUUACUUCACUAAUGAUCAGAUCUAUUUGUUUGAUUCCAUCACCAUGACAGAGACUUCAUAAGAUUUCUUUAAAUAUUUGGAAUUGUUCAAUAUUGUCGUAGCUGCCAUAGCCCUCAUUCUAUCCUUCUUCUUGUUAUUGGUAUCCUUCAUUGGCAAUGUUAGAAAUACUUCAUGGGAAAUUGGAAUCCUAAGAGCAGUAGGCUUAAAUGAGGUUUAAAUCUCCAAAGUCUUUGUUUAUGAAUCCAUCACACUGAUUACGGCAUCUGGACUAAUAGGAACUAUCAUUGGAUUAGUAAUAGCUACUACCUUUACACUCCAAAUAGUUGCAUUCUCAGAGUUUAAAUUCAAAUUUUCAUUUCCCAUCUUAACUUUUUUAACCACUUUUCUAGGAGGAAUCUUUAUUUCAAUUUAUGCCAGCUACUUAGCAGUUAGAAGUUUCAAAUUCAAAUCAAUAGCUUCAACUUUAAAGGGACAAUCAUGAAAUUAUAUAUUUUAGUCUUCAUUCAAAUUCAUUCUGAA